AUGUCAGCCGCCGCGAACAGCCCUCCCACUCUCUACAUUAUCUACAAUGCCAAAUCGACUCUUCUCGGGAAGCUCAACUACGUCUACCGCAAGACGACUUGUCCAGACCCGGCUGCCAGGCCAGCAUGUGCUGCCUGCGAGCUAACACAUGGUCCCUCUCUCCGCCUGACUGAGAGCCUAGAGUGGAAAUCAACCAAGGCACACAUUCUCCAUGCAAAUAUUGUGCAGGCCCACACCGAUGAGCUGCCGGAGGCCCUCUCCCAGUGGAUGCGCCAGCAAGGGGUGAGCAUUCCGGCUGUAAUUGUCGAGCCCGCACAGCCCUCCAGUGGCUUCCAGGUAUUACUGACGUCAGAGGCCCUGGCUCAAGUUCGUUUCGACCAUAGGGCCUUCCUUAGGCUACUACAUCGCCGAGCCAAUGAGGAGGGAGUCACUGGAAUGGCGGUGUCUUUAGUCUAG